GUAUAACUAACUGUAUAUAAACCCUAUUCCACCCCUCCAAUCUCCCCCUCCAAUAUCCUCUCCAUCGGAGAACCCAGUUGCCCACCAUUUCUUCCAUCUUCUCUCGUCUCUUCGGGUCCUUCGCCGGUCCCACCCCAGCCGUUAUGUCUGCCGCUAAGACCAAAGCCCAGGGUAUCAUCAACGACAAUGCCGUCGUCGUCUUCUCCAAGUCCUACUGCCCCUACUGCUCAUCCAGCAAGAGCGUCCUCGACAAGCUGAAGGCGAAGUACAUCGCCAUCGAACUUGAUGAGGAGAGCGACGGUGGCGCCAUCCAGGACGCCCUCCAGGAAAUCACCGGCCAACGUACCGUCCCCAACAUCUUCAUCAAACAGAAGCAUAUCGGUGGAAACUCGGAUCUGCAGGCUCGCAAGGAUGAACUGCCUCGUUUGCUGAAGGAGGCCGGUGCUCUUUAGAUUAUGCUUUAAGAUCGUUGUGUAUACCAUAGACGGAAUGCAUUUGUUUACAUGA